UCCAUCAAUACCCGUGCUGGUGGUCCGGGGAAUAAAGUUGAAUAGUUUAGCUCCACCAACAGGUAAGGUAAUAAGUUUAUAGUGCAUUAUUAGUUCAACGCUCAAAAUGUUUAAGAGAGUGAAACCUGGAUAUAAAUAACCUUGCGCUGUCCCUGGCAAAUUAGUUACUUUCGGUCCCAAGAGUUUUGCGUUAGUUCCAGGUCUUAUUCUAUAUAUUAUUUAGUAGAUUUAGCUGAGGGGGGGGGGGCUUUUUUGUUAUUUACAAUGCAAAAUAAGGGUUUCCAAAUAUUGUGCAGAGGCGUGUCACUCAUAAUUUUUUUUUAAUGAUUUAAAAAAACGUGGAUCAUCGUUCAAACUAAAGAUGGGGUGAGCGGCGGUGGGGAGGUCAUGACUGUCGCCUUCACCAGACCCGUAUUCCAAAAUAUAUAAUGGAUCAAACAAAUUUCGAACGAGAGCAACACUGGCAAUAACUUGUCCAGAAAAUGGAAGGAUUUUAAAAAAAAAUCAAUUUUAAAAAUGUUAACUUUCGAAAUGAUUCGUCAGUACAGCCGCACAAUUCUUUUGCUGCCCUCUUGGAUACUACUUCUCGGCUAUGUGCUUUAAAAAAAAAAAAAAAAAUUGUUUUUUUUCUGUUCGCUGCCGAAGGCUUCCUGCCGACACUUUAGUUGCUUUGUUGUGUUCCUUUUUUUUUUCAGCUUUUUUUAAAAAAAAAACAAUUUUAAAAAUUUUAAAUUUCAAAAAAAAUCGUCAAAACAGACGCACAAUUUUUUUGCUGCCCUCUUGGAUACUUCUUCUCGGCUAUGUGCUUUAAAAAAAAAAAAAAAAAUUGUUUUUUUUCUGUUCGCUGACGAAGGCUUCCUGCCGACACUUUAGUUGCUUUGUUGCGUUCCUUUUUUUUUUCAGCUUUGACCAUACUUUGCUUUACUCAUUUACUGAUUCGCCAGCAAUUGGAACCAUUCAAUUAAAAAAAUAUCACUUACAUUAUUUAAAUUAAAUCACUUAAAAAUAGCUUCAUGGAGCCAUGUGAAUAGCGAGUCUUGAAAUAACGCAGUUCCUGUUAAAUGGAAUAACCACGCUGGAAUGGAUCGAUUCUUGAAACAUACACACACACACACAUACACACAAAACGUUGAAAUAGUGCAAACCCAUUUUGAAGGGGAAAGGCGCAAGGUUUUCUGUGGGACAAAUAAUGUUUUCCCUGCAAAUAGAACACGUCAUGUCGCACUGGCUUCGAAUUACGUCAUCGACAGGUUGUCACGUAGACCUUUUAGCACUACCAACCAGUCUUCAUACGCGCUGUGUUGUCUAAACUCAGCGCGCUGUAAGCGUUCUGUCAGAAGAUUUGCCACGAGACUGUUGGCUGUGACUGAACCGCGCGCGGGGUGUCGUGCAGUGAACUACGCCAGCGCCCAGUGAAAGCAAGACGAUCGAAAUGGUGGCAAUGCACAUAUGCCUCUAGUGGCCUGUAUUGGUCAUAGGAGAUUCAUCAAACCCUGUGGGCCGCGUGUACAAGUUGAUGCUAAUAAUAUCGCUCGUUUUCUUAAUGUUUAUGUUGUAAUUAUGCAUACAAGUAUUAAUGUAUGAGCUCUCUAAAUGUCUUCUUGUUUUCAAUUUGCCUAAGUACAUAUGUCUUCUUCUUUCCAGUGAUUGUGCAUGAUCAGAGGCGUAGCGAGGGUGUUUGGCGCCCGGGGACAAGAUUCGCGCCCGGGGACAAGAUCCAUUUUAAAGCGCCCCCUUUUCUUUUUCUCAACUCUCAAACCCAUUAUUUUUACCAAUAAUAUAAUAUCAAAACACAUUUUGGCGCCCCUAACUAGCUUGCGCCCGGGGACAUCUGCCCCCCCUGCCCCCACUUUGCUACGCCUUUGUGCAUGAUCAUCCUUCUGGCUGAACCAGCGAAUAGCACAAUCCCUGUAGGUAGCAGCACGUUUGGUUUGAUCCCAUAAGGGUUAGCACGGUUUACAGGUUUCACUGUACUUCCUGUAAAUGUAUAAAUCCUCGAAUGCAUAACAAGGAGAUUAUGAGAUUUGUUACCUGUUCAAAAUAAAGCCUGACUUUAAGAAAAGUGAAUGUUUUAUAUUUCAUCUCAUUAAACUCAUAAUAAUUCCUUAGCUGCUAUCUUUAAAAAGAAUGCGGAUUAAAACAUAAAUAAAUUACUGGCUAACUUACCCGGCGCCGCCUGGAUUUACUUUUGUACUCGCUUCUUUAGCUUUAUUAUUUAACCUUGAAAUUCAGGGCCACGUGAUAAACUGUUUGGUAAAAAAUCAAUCUAAAUAAAAAGAGUCUAAACAAAAAAAAUCAUGAUUUAUAAUCAUCCUUGUUAACAUUGAAAUUUUGUCCUGACCCGUUUAGCUUUCAGUUAAAGAAACCAUCAUCCUUAGAAAAUAGACCCCCAUCAAAUAUUGUUUACAAAGUCUAAGCUAUAGCGUUGUUGCUGUUAGCUAGAAUUGAGGUAUGGGGGGGGGGGGGGGGUCUUUCCCGAUAAGAAAGCCCAGUCAGAGGGGUUACAUUUUAGCUCUUAUUGGAAUAGGCGGCCCCAUCAAAACCGUUUAGAUACAAAUUCCAGUUUUUUUUUUUUUUUUUUUUUUUCCAUUUUUUUUUUUUUUUUUUUUUUUUUUUUAAUUAUCUCAUUAAAAUUGUUUGUAACAUGCCACAAAUAAAGAAAUUUUAAUAAUGAUAAUUCUCGCCUAAAGCCACAAAAGACAUUUUUAAAAUCUUAUUUAUCUUUCCAUUUUUAUUUUUUUAAAUAGUUAAUUAUAGUUAUAUUAUAUGUUUAUGUGUUGUUUUUUCCACUGUUUGUUAGUUAGUUAUUUAAAAAAAAAUUUUAUUUAAUUUUUAUUACUUUAGUUUUUAUUUUAUUUUUGCACUGGAGCCAGUCGGUUUGUAAAGUUUUGACUAUGAUGAAAAAAAAAAAAAAAAAAUAAAAAAAAAUUAUUUUUAAUUUUUAUUAUUUUAUUUUUUAUUUUUUUUUUGCACUGGAGCCAGUCGGUUUGUAAAGUUUUGAAAAUGAUGAAAAAAAAAAAAAAAAAAAAACAACGUCGAAAGGUUGCCGCAUUAAACUCGACUGAAAAAUCCCUAAGCUACCAAAUAUCAAACUUUUUUUUUAAAGAACGGGGCACCGUCCCCCAAAAGGAGUUAAGAUCUUAACUUUAAAACCCACCCAUCUUUUAAUCUGGAUAAUCAAAAACUGGCUUACACCUUUCAAAUUUGGCUUUAGUCCAUUGAUAUCGGGGUCUACAUUUUUGUGUAUAGAUAAAUAAGAAGAAAUUAAAAUUUGGUACCAGCCAGACUCCGAGAAGGAUAUUUUUUCAAAGAUCAAACAUCCCAGAAGUUUAUCCCGAGCAAUGAAAAACAUGCAUGUUAAGUUUCGUCCUUUUAAUUAAAUUAUAUUUUUUAUAUUCCCAUAGGUGUAUCUUAAAAUUUUCAGAAGCUUAAACAAUCUUAAUAAACCAUUGGAUUCUUAGAAUUACUAAUAAAACCACCAAAUGAUAAUUGUGUUAAAAAUGAAGAAUUAAAAAAAAAAAAUAAAUAAAAAAUAAUCGCAUAGAUCUCAAUGAAACGUUUCAGAACUUUCUAGAAACUUCAUUCAUCUCAAUUUAGGUUAUUCAAGGAAAAAUAUUGAACGUUAUAAAAAUCUACUGAACCAUAAGAAACAAAAAACAAAAAACAAAAAAAGAGAGGAAAAACAAUAUCUGAUGUAUCGCAAACUGUACCGCAGAUCAUCAACUGUACCCCACUGCGACGCCUCCCCGGUACAAGUGGACAGAAAAAUAGCAAACCACCUCAGAACCCACCAACAUUUGAAUCUGGAGAAUCGAGGGUAUGUUUACAAAUAUUGAUCUAGAUACAGCCAUCCGUGCAGUAGCCUGGGUUUGUGUACAAAUAUUGGUCUAGGUACGACCAUCCAUGCAGCAGUCUAUGUAUGUAUGCAAAAAUUGCUCUAAAUAAAGUCAUUCAUGCCGUGGUCUGUGUGUAUGUACACAUAUUUGUCUUGGUACAGCGAUUCUUGCAGUAGUUUGGGGUUUGUGUACAAACAUUGAUCUAGAUGCAGCCAUCCAUGCUGUGGUCUGUGUGUAUGUAUACAUAUUUGUCUGGGUAUGUGAGCCAUCCAUACAGAGACUGUGUAUGUGUACAAACAUUGAUCUAGAUACAACCAUCCAUUUAAUACUCUGUGUAUGGGUACAAAUAUUGGUCUAGAUACAGCCACCCAUGCUGUGGUCUGUGUUUAUGUGCACAUAUUUUUCUAGGUACAGCCAUCCAUGCAGUACUCUGUUUCAUUAAACGAAAUAAAUACAGCUUAUACAAGGGGGUAAAUUGAAUUAGCAACCCCCCCCCCCAGUCACAGGCCAACCCCCGCCCAAAGAGGUUAAAAAAAUACAGACUAUACAAGGGGGUAAAUUUAAUUAACACCCCCCCCCCCCCAGUCACAGGCCAACCCCCGCCCCAAAAGGUAUAUUUUAAAAGUUAAAACCCCUCCAAUACUUCAUCCGGGGUAAUCAAGGUAAUGUGCAGGGCCAUGCACAUGAUUUUUUGGCCCCGGGCAAAUCCAUAUUGAGGCACCUGCAAAUGUAAAAAUAAGUGUAUCAAAUUCAAAAGUAAAUUCUUUCCGGAACAUGAUCCUUAGGGGCCCCCCUUUGGUCAGGACCCCGAGUGAUUUAUUCGGUUGCCCCAGCCUCUGCACGGUCCUGGGUAUGUGAGUCAUGAUUAAUCAAGAUCCAUCAAUCCAUGUCCUGGGUAUGUGAGCCAUGUUUGGUCACGAUCCAUCAAUCCAUGUCCUGGGUAUGUGUGCCAGGUUUGGUCAAGAUCCAUCAAUCCAUGUGCUAGGUAUGUGAGCCAUGUUUAGUCAAGAUCCAUCAAUCCAUGUCCUAGGUAUGUGAGCCAUGUUUAGUCAAGAUCCAUAAAGCCAUCUCCUGGGUAUGUGUGCCAUGUUUGGUCAAGAUCCAUCAAUCCAUGUCCUGGGUAUGUGAGCCAUGUUUAGUCAAGAUCCAUCUCCUGGGUAUGUGAGCCAUUUUAGUCAAGAUCCAUCAAUCCAUGUCCUGGGUAUGUGAGCCAUGUUUAGUCAAGAUCCAUCAAUCCAUAUCCUGGGUAUGUGGGCCAUUUUUAGUCAAGAUCCAUCAAUCCAUGCCCUGACUAUGUGAGCCAUGUUUAGUCACGAUCCCUCAAUCCAUGUCCUGGGUAUGUGAUCCAUGUUUAGUCAAGAUCCAUCAAUCCAUGUCCUGGGUAUGUGUUCCAUGUUUGGUCAAGAUCCAUCAAUCCAUGUCCUGGGUAUGUGAGCCAUUUUUAGUCAAGAUCCAUCAAUUUACCGAUUUCCGGUCAUCCUAUCAAGCUGAAAUUUGGCCCAUAGGCUCGUUGCGGAUGACAACACAUUCUUUCAAAUGUUUAGCCCGACCCCAAACACCAAAAGAGUUUUUUCCUGUUUUUCAAAAUACUUGUGGGUGCCGAAGAUCCAAGAAAGGUAAUGACGUUGAAACCCGAUUAAAAGCUUUUUAAGGCCUUACCAACUCAACAAAAACCAUUGCAGUGAAAUAAAAUGUAAUUUUUGAAGACGAGAUUGAAGGAUGCAUUUAUACAAAAAACUUUGUUUUUGAUGUUGUUUUUUUUUUCCAUUCACGGAAUUGUUAUUUUAAAUUAGUUUUUUCCAACCAGAAUAGGAACAAGUCCCACAACUUCAGCUACAGACAUGUCUGCUCCAGUCGCUAAAGAGAAUAAGCUCCCUUAUGUGUUCCUGGGCAAGUCAGGGUUGAAAGUGUCCAACAUGGGCCUGGGGACCAUGACAUUUGGGGAAAAUUUCGUAAGUUGCAUUAUUUAGCAUUAUUUAUCAUUUUUAAAAAAAUGGCUUAGUUAGAUUAAGGCAGAUUUUUGUAAUGAAUGAAGCCGAAUGAAGUAAAAAUUGAACAAAAUAACAAUAAAAAUGCAACAGAAACACGUUUAUCUUUUAAUCAAAAGGCAAAAACUGUUGUCUGUGUUGUUAUGUCAUGGUGACCCACAUGUGGGUAUCGUUCAAAGAUCUAUACUAAAAAAUAAACAAGUACAAAUUUCAAUUGUUUUAAUAAGUUUUAAAUAGCUUAUUUAGAUAGACAUGCAUACUAUUAAAUUGAAAAAAAGUCAGAGGAAAUAAUUUAAUGUUAAAAAAAAAAAAAUCCCAACCAAUUAUAAUUGUCCACACAUGAUGGGCAAAAAUUCACAUUUUAUUCAACGCUAAAAAUAAGUGAUGAUAAAAUAUCCAGGUUCAUAGAUUAUUUCUAAAUGCCACGACCCUUCAAUCAAGUUCCUCAUGGUGUGGUGACCCCCAACCAUAAAACUGCAACUUCAUAAACAUGCGUUUUCCGACGGUCCUAGACGGCCCCUGUGUAAGGGUCGUGACCCGCAGGUUGAGAACCGAUGGUCUAUAGUUUCGCAGAGCAUAUGUUGAUAAACAAUCUGUUCUACUCCAUCCAGUACGGAUUACCAGGUCAGUGUGACGAAAACACGGCCCAUCAGAUCAUCAACCGUUUCGUGGAGUGGGGAGGAAACUUCAUCGACACGGCCGACAUGUACGGCCGGGGAAACUCGGAGAAGAUCAUCGGGAAAUGGCUGGAAAGGUGAGUUACAAGUGAAGGUUCAUGGCUGGAAAGGUGAGUUACAAGUGAAGGUUCAUGGCUGGAAAGGUGAGUUACAAGUGAAGGUUCAUGGCUGGAAAGGUGAGUUACAAGUGAAGGUUCAUGGCUGGAAAGGUGAGUUACAAGUGAAGGUUCAUGGCUGGAAAGGUGAGUUACAAGUGAAGGUUCAUGGCUGGAAAGGUGAGUUACAAGUGAAGGUUCAUGCUGCUCCAAAUCAUAGCUCUUUGGAUGUGUGAGGGCCAAAAUAAAGCAUCACUCUUUAGAUGAGUGAGGGCCGGGCUAAAUUAUCUUUCUUUAGAUUAGUGAGGGCCGAAUUAAAUCAUCACUCUUUAGAUGUGAAGGGCCGAGCUAAAUCAUCACUCUUUAGGUGGGUGAGGGCCGAGCUAAAUCAUCACUCUUUAGGUGGGUGAGGGCCGAGCUAAAUAAUCACUCUUUAGGUGGGUGGGGGCUGAGCUAAAUCAUCACUCUUUAGGUGGGUGGGGGCUGAGCUAAAUCAUCACUCUUUAGGUGGGUGGGGGCUGAGCUAAAUCAUCACUCUUUAGGUGGGUGAGGGCGGGCUAAAUUAUCUUUCUUUAGAUGAGUGAGGGCCGGGCUAAAUUAUCUUUCUUUAGAUGAGUGAGGGCCGAACUAAAUCAUCACUCUUUAGAUGGGAAGGGUCGAGCUAAAUCAUCAAUCUUUAGGUGGGUGAGGGCCGAGCUAAAUCAUCACUCUUUAGGUGGGUGAGGGCCGAGCUAAAUCAUCACUCUUUAGGUGGGUGAGGGCCGAGCUAAAUCAUCACUCUUUAGGUGGGUGGGGGCUGAGCUAAAUCAUCACUCUUUAGGUGGGUGAGGGCCGAGCUAAAUCAUCACUCUUUAGGUGGGUGAGGGCCGAGCUAAAUCAUCACUCUUUAGGUGGGUGGGGGCUGAGCUAAAUCAUCACUCUUUAGGUGGGUGAGGGCCGGGCUAAAUUAUCUUUCUUUAGAUGAGUGAGGGCCGAACUAAAGCAUCACUCUUUAGAUGUGAAGGGCCGAGCUAAAUCAUCACUCUUUAGGUGGGUGAGGGCCGAGCUAAAUCAUCACUCUUUAGGUGGGUGGGGGCUGAGCUAAAUCAUCACUCUUUAGGUGGGUGAGGGCCGGGCUAAAUUAUCUUUCUUUAGAUGAGUGAGGGCCGAACUAAAUUAUCUUUCUUUAGAUGAGUGAGGGCCAAAAUAAAGCAUCACUCUUUAGAUGUGAAGGGUCGAGCUAAAUAAUCACUCUUUAGGUGGGUGAGGGCCGAGCUAAAUCAUCACUCUUUAGGUGGGUGGGGGCUGAGCUAAAUCAUCACUCUUUAGGUGGGUGAAGGCCGAACUAAAUCAUCACUCUUUAGAUGUGAAGGGCCGAGCUAAAUCAUCCCUCUUUAGCUGGGUGGGGGCCGAGCUAAAUCAUCACUCUUUAGGUGGGUGGGGGCUGAGCUAAAUCAUCACUCUUUAGGUGGGAGAGGGCCGGGCUAAAUUAUCUUUCUUUAGAUGAGUGAGGGCCGGGCUAAAUUAUCUUUCUUUAGAUGAGUGAGGGCCAAAAUAAAGCAUCACUCUUUAGAUGUGAAGGGCCGAGCUAAAUCAUCACUCUUUAGGUGGGUGAGGGCCGAGCUAAAUCAUCACUCUUUAGGUGGGUGAGGGCCGAGCUAAAUCAUCACUCUUUAGCUGGGUGGGGGCCGAGCUAAAUCAUCACUCUUUAGGUGGGUGGGGGCCGAGCUAAAUCACCACUCUUUAGUUAAAUCAUCCAUCUUUAGGUGUGAAGGGACGAGGUAAAUCAUCCCUCUUUAGGUGGGGGAGGGGCUAGCUAAAUCAGUACACUUUAGGUGGGUGAGGGUCGAGCUAAAUCAUCACUCUUUAGCUGGGUGGGGGCCGAGCUAAAUCAUCACUCUUUAGGUGGGUGGGGGCCGAGCUAAAUCACCACUCUUUAGAUGUGAAGGGCCGAGCUAAAUCAUCACUCUUUUGGUGGGUGAGGGCCGAGCUAAAUCAUCACUCUUUAGCUGGGUGGGGGCCGAACUAAAUCAUCACACUUUAAGUGGGUGAGGACCGAGCUAAAGCAUCUUAGACGAGUGAGGGCCGAGCUAAAUCAUCUUUCUACUGAUGAGUCAGGGCCGCGAUAAGACAUCGCCCUUUAAGCCACCGGCCAAAACUUUGGUGGCAAGCACCGUCUGUUCGGCUAUGCCAUACAACAAAUCUGUACCCCCCCCCCCUUUGCCACUCUAGACUCUCCAAGGUCAAUCUUUGGGCACGCGGAUGCUGUAAAGUUUCUUGGACUAGCGUGCAAUGCUGACCGUUCGGGUCCCGGUUAAUGCUUAGCUGGUUUAUUUAUGUCACAGUUUAGAAAAAAAAAGGAACUUGAUGAUCAUGUGGAAUCUUUGAUUUCGUUUGCCUUAAAAUUAUGUCAGAUUUAAUUGCGUCCCAAUGUGGGGCGUUUGUACCACCUGAAAGAUCUACCAGCUCAUGUUUGUCCCAAUGUGGGCAUUUGUACCUUCUGAAAGAUCUACCAGCUCAUGUUUGUCCCAAUGUGGGGCAUUUGUACCUUCUGAAAGAUCUACCAGCUCAUGUUUGUCUUACAAGUUAUAGGAUCCUUUGAGUUGUUUUAUUUAUUUGUUUGCCUAGCUGUAAACUAUUGUCAAUAAAGACCAGAAUUCACAGGUUUCUUAGAAUUCAUUGUACCCAGUUAUUGAAAACAAAAUUAAAUGAUGUUUUGUCAGUUAUGAAAAUAAACCAGGGACAAACGUCUGCUUCCCCAGACAGGAGAGGGAAAAUUUCGUCCUCGCUACCAAAGUGCGGUUCAACAUGGGCGUGGAGGAAAAUGUCAACAACAUCGGCCUCAGCAGACGACACAUCACGGAAGGCAUAGACAAGAGCUUAAACCGGCUACACACAAAUUAUGUUGAUCUUUACCAAGUAGGUACACGUUGAUUGGGUUGGGGAGAAAAAAGGGGGGGGGGUGUUGUGUCCAUGCCAGAUAGAUUCAUUUAGGUGAGAGGGAAUGUAGUCUAUUUACCAGGUAGGCUCAAGUUGAUGGUAAGGUCGUGAAGACAGUUUCAAGAUAGCAAGAGAAAAUAUUGUGAUAGUUCUAUUUAGGAUCGGUGAGGGAAAGGUUCAAUGUCUACCACACACAGUCAGUACUCAUCACCUCACGGUUGCUAUCUUGACGAUAUUUUUUUUUUAAAAAGCCCUGGAUUCUGUCAUAUCCGGAUUUACGUUGCAGCCGCAUUAAAAAGAUGAUUUGAAAUGUCUGCUUUGUUGCCAGACUACCUUGCUUAUGUGCCAGACUACCUUGCUUAUGUGCCAGACUACCUUGCUUAUGUGCCAGACUACCUUGCUUAUGUGCCAGACUACCUUGCUUAUGUGCCAGACUACCUUUAUAUGCUUGUGUCGUGGAUUAUUAUAUCCUUUAUGUUAACUUCGCCUUUGUUCACGGCUGGGUGGCUGGUUGGAGGACUGGCGAAAUCUUCAGACGGCUAAAUGACCCACUAUCCGUCAAUCUAUCGAGCUGAAACUUGGCACAUAGACCCGUUGCUAAUGACCAUACUUUCUGUCAAAUUUUCAGCUUAGCCCCCCCCCCCCCCAAACCCACAACUAACUGCGCUAAAUGAAAUUCAUUGAAAACAAAUAUCGCAAGUGUGUUAGGUGCGUAAUAUUUCUUUUUUUUCGGAGAUGGUGAAAUAAAUCUGCGUUGUAAAAGCGGGUGGGUCAUUAGAAUAAUAAAAUGGUACAGGGGUGUGAAAAGAAUGUGCAGCUGCGAACCUUGGGGUGAGGGGAGCACGAAUUGGGAUUCUUAUAAAUUGCAUUACUUAUAUGCAUGUUUUGUCCCCUUUUGAGCCCCCCGCCCGACGCCCAUUGCUCGAUAUUACAUUUGAUACAGGAUUGACACCAAAACACUUUGGUUUUAGAGGUUGUUUUAAGUUUUGCUGAUUUGAAAAGGGUUCACGUUCCUCGCCUUGACAAAUGUUAAAAUACCGUAGUUACAUCUACUUUCAUGUUGGAAAUCAUCUGCUCCACAGACACACUGCUUUGACGACGCCACCCCGAUUGAAGAAACGCUGCGCACGCUGGACGAUUUGGUGCGCUCCGGGAAAGUCCGUUACGUGGGUGUCAGUAACGUGACCGGCUGGCAGCUACAGAAGCUGGUGGAUGCGACAGAAAGACUCGGCAUCAACCCAAUCGUCAGUCUGCAGGUAGGAAUUAGAUAUGAAGGUAUGGGUGAGGUCUGCAGGUAUGAAUUAGAUAUGAAGAUAUGGGUGAGGUCUGCAGGUAUGAAUUAGAUAUGAAGGUAUGGGUGAGGUCUGCAGGUAUGAAUUAGAUAUGAAGGUAUGGGUGAGGUCUGCAGGUAUGAAUUAGAUAUGAAGGUAUGGGUGAGGUCUGCAGGUAUGAAUUAGAUAUGAAGGUAUGGGUGAGGUCUGCUGGUAUGAAUUAGAUAUGAAGGUAUGGGUGAGGUCUGCAGGUAUGAAUUAUAUAAGAAUGGUAGAGGUGAGGUCUGCUGGUAUGAUUUAGAUAUGAAGGAAUGGGUGAGGUCUGCUAGUAUUAUUUAAAUAUGAAGGUAUGGGGUGAUAGGUCUACAUGUAUGAAUUAGAUAUGAAGGUAUGAAUUAGAUAUGAAGGUAUGAGUUAGAUAUGAAGGUAUUGGGUAGGUCUACAGGUGUGAUGAAAUUUAUAUGAAGGUGUGAGUUAGGUCUUUUUAUAGGAUUUAGGCCCGAACGUAGGACAUGUGAGUUAGGUCUGUGCAUAUGAGUUGGCUGUGUUAAUAGGCCCAUGUGUUCAGUCUUCAGGUACGAGUUAGGUCUCUAAGCAGGCCUAUGUGCAGGGACGCCCUUUGGUAGGGUAGAGGGGGACAUCCCCCCCCCCCAUUUGAAUGUUUAGGUUUUAUAAAAAUUGCUAUGUACCGUGGCGCCUCAAGUAAUUUUUAAAAAAUCUCAACACACCUGAAAUGACGUUACGGCCCAUAUGUUAAGUCUGCAGGUCUGACUUGAGUCUCGUGUCUCUUCAUUGCGCUUUAUGCCUCAUAUAGCCUCAUUUAAAAUCUUAAUCCCAUUCACGUUUGAGACACCCUCUUCACCUCUCUGACUCUAACGCUUUCUUACACUUUAUCUCUUUUAUUCUAGCUCAAACUUCCCAUUUUAUUCCAUAUUAGAAUCUCUCUCUCUCUCUCUACCUCUCCCCCUCUCUCUCUCCCUCCCUCCCCCCUCUCUCUCUCCCCUCUCUGUCUCUCUUUCUCUCUCUCUCUAUUCCCUCUCUCUCUCUCUCUCUCUCUGUUUGUUUUUCUCUCUAUAACACCUAUAACUAUUUUACUUAGUUCCUAACUGAUCAUUCUUAGUAGCACGAUGUUAGACCGUUAACCAACACGUCACUCAGUGUUGACACCAGGGAACGUUUUACUUCUCCAGCAACAAUACAGCUUGGCCAGCAGAGAUUCUGAGUUGGAGGCUUUUCAAGUUUGUAAAUCAGCUGGGAUCGGAGUCUUGCCGUGGAGUCCAUUGAAAGGGUGAGUCCAUUGAAAGGGGGAGUCCACUGAAAAGGUGAGUCCAUUGAAAGGGUGGGUCUAUUGAAAGGAUGAGUUCAUCGAAAAGUUGAAUCCCUAAGGGGAAGAAGAAAAAAAGUGUGGGCGCGAAUUCAAUGGAAUGGUGAGUCAUUUGUAGAGGUGAUUCCAUUUGGGUGUGGGGGAGUCCAUUGAAAGGGAGAGUCCAUUGAAUAGGUGAGAUCAUGACUUGAUGAAUCCAUUCGAAGGGGGUGGGUCAUCUGAAAGCCCUUGUCCUUGUCCAUGUAAAGGGAGAUCCAGUGAUCGAAUGCACUCCAGUGUGACCAAAUGCUGUUCAGUGUGACCGAAUACUAACAUGUGACUGAAUUCUGAUAUAUAACCCAAUACUGACCCCAUAAGGCAUAGCACUGACCCAUGAGAUCACAUAUAACCCUAUAGUUUCUCUCCAUGGAUACAAAAGUCUUACCGCGUUAUAGACCUACAUCAGAGGUCGGAAAACUCAUCUGUCAAAUAUNUAUAUAUAUAUAUAUAUAUAUAUAUAUAUAUAUAUAUAUAUAUAUAUAUAUAUAUGUAUAUAGAUAUAUUCGGAAAUACAUUGCUAGAAACUGGUUUACGAAAAAUUUGUCUAAAAAUAGUAACAUUACGUUUUCCGUUUUUAGAAAUGACCAACCUUACUAAGAAUGCAAAACUCAUGUAAGGUGUUUUCUACAGGCGGUAAUAUUUGAAUUGACUUAACAAGAAUAUGAUUAGCUCGUUAUCUUUUACGUGGGUUAAUUAGAAGAAAAUGGCGCAACUUGUAGCAAUAGACCAACCUUUCAGGGUACGCUGACAUCGUUUGUUUUUCCCUUCAUUCAUUCAUUCAUAGAAAAUAACAAGAAAUAAUUUUUUAAUUAAAAAAACAACACUAUUUUGAAUAGUUUAAUUCAGUUUAAAUUAUAUUUUUUUAUUGAAUUAAUUUUAUCCCGAGAUCCCGGGAUGAGAGUUACCUUUAUCCCGUUUUUCCGAGAUUAGCAAAACCCUGGAAAUGAGAAACCUUAAUAAGUGUCCCAUGGGAACGAUUAGCAAAACCCACGAAAUGAGAAACCUUAAUAAGUGUCCCAUGGGAACGAUUACAGACAUAUGGCUAAAUUUAACACCAACAGGGGUCUGCUCACUGGAAAAGUUAAACGUGGCGCCAAACCAACAGAGGGUCGCCUGGCCUGGGUGGCCGGAGACGAGAAGAAAUCCAGCCAGAUUGCACCGGCGUGGACCACCUUAGACGACAAAACCUUUGACGUCAUCGAGGCGUUGGAAGCCAUUGCCAAGAAGCACGGUGAGAGAAGAAAAAUAUUAGAUUUUCAGAUUAAAUUAUGAGAUAGAUAGGGUUUGUCAUUUGGCGUUUAGUAUGGCCAAUCUUAUUAAGAUAUAAAUGAAACAUCCUGGUAUUCCGUUUGGCCAAUCUCUCAACAGCUGUUCGGUAUUUCUGCGUUCAUGUGAGCUUUAACCUAGACUAAAAUGUUUUUUACAACUUUAUUUUACGAAAGAUUUUACACAUUUUUUACUGAUAUGUUUUACGAAAAAAUUUUGUCUAAAAAAAGUAACAUUACGCAAUGCGAUGUGACGUUUUCUGGGCUAAGAAAUGACAGACCCUAUUCACGUGGCUCUACACUUUUGACCACACUUAUAACUAGCGAUUGAACAAACACGGCUCAUGCACUGAUAGCGAUAGAAAUAAAUGUACAUAACAUAUAGAUGGUUCAAGCCAAAAUAGUCUAUUGUUUAGACCAAGUUAAGCAUAUAAUAUGAGUUGGUGGUCAACAUAGAAAUCAGACAAUUCAAACUUAUAAUAUAAAAAAUUUUUUUUAAUAAUAAUUUUAAAAAACCAAACGAAUUUAUUGUCCUUCCUGCUGCUGUCCAAUUUUUAUUGUGACAUCAAAUACUUUCCUAUUAAUUAAGUAGCAUCACUACGCUAAUUUAUUUCAACACACGAUUACGUCAUCAAAAAAAAGGGAACAAGGUAUAUGGAAGGUUCAAUAGAAAGACAGGAAAACAAAUUCUUUCAAUUCAAGCCUCCACGUACCUUGCUCUACUUUAUCCUUUACACAACUUGAACGCGCAGUCCGUCAUAUAUUAUAUGUCACCAAAGCAUGUGAUGUAUCAAUCCAAUAAAAUAUUCCUUAGUUUUGUUAAAGAAUAUGCUGUUUUACUAAUGGAAAAUAAAACAAGCUUGACCUGUUAAUAUUUGUUACCGUCUACAGACCGCAGUGUCCCGCAGGUCGCCAUUCGUUGGCUGCUACAGAGGGACGUUGUCUCGUCCGUCAUUCUAGGGGCGAGAACCCUGCCCCAGCUGGAGGAUAACUUGGGAGCAGGCAACGGGUGGUCUCUAACAAAACAGGAGGUAAGUAAGCACAUGAGCAGAGGCGUAGCGAGGUAG